GCGGGUGGGAGGAGAGGGACGCAGUAAGGGCAGGCAUGGCGGGCAGCAGGGGGUGGAGUCAGGAGUACCUACCUCUUGUGAAACCGGUUUUCCAGUCACAGGAAUCGAGCAUUUUCCUGGAGGAUUCCAAAUGCAUGGCUGCAGUAGCAGCAGCGGCUGCAAGUGCGUCACCCCUUUCCUCCUCCUCACUCCCAUCAGCAUCACUACCAUCAGCAUCAGCACCAUCAGCAUCACCACCAUCCCCGGGGGUGUAUGAGCUGCGUUGCUACGAGGGACGAGGCAAGCCUUACGACAUUCAGGAGACAUUCCCGGUACGCCUCGCUGCUCGCCUGGCGGCUUCUCCCUCCUCUCACUGCCUCUUCUUUGGAUUCUCUGACGCCGGGCCAGACAGUGCCCUAGAGCUGUGGCGCCACUGCAGCACCACCGACUGCUACUUAGCCGAUAAGGCUAGUAAUGCUGCUAUAGGAACUUCUGGACACUUAGCAUCGGAGCUUAGACUCAUUAGUAAGCAAAUCCUGAAGCCCACAUCGUUCUCCCCUUGGCAGUAA